AUGGUUGUUGUUGCCUAUAAAAACAACAACAACAAUAGUGGCAAUAAUUCAGUGAUUGAUCAAGAAACUUGCAAAUCCCGAAAAAGAAAAAGAAGACAUCGGCGCGCCAAUAAAAAGAGGGAAUUAGAACAACAACCCGAAGUAAACAUUAAUAAGAGUAACGUCAGCAAGAAUAUAGGAAUCGAAAAUAUUACCGGACCAUUGCAUAGUGAUAUUUCUACUACAAAUAUAAACAUGAAAGAAUCAUCACAACAGCAGGAAUACUACUCUUCUGAUGAUAUUGAAAUCGAGUCGUCGCCAGCUUCAUCUUCUAAAAUAGCAAAGCGACAAAAGACUCCUGAUAAUUCACAACAACUCAAAGGCGUAGGGGGCGGAAUAACAACAAUUACAGCCAAUGUCAUCGAAGAAAAAGAAAUUGCUAUUAUUAAUUAUAAUGAAGACACAAUUCCCCAGAAUCUCAAAAAGCAUGUAUUACCAUCAACGGUACACGCUAUUUUCUUUAUAUGA